AUGACUAUCAUAUAUUCAUCUGGAUGUCAUUGCCCUGGAUCAAAUCCUCAGCACCUGCAACUCCUAAGAGCAGGACUAUUUCCUGCCAGCUCCACAUGGCCCAGGACUGUUUUCACCUUCAAAGUACUGGAUCAUUUUCUCAUUGAUGCCUUGGAAUGCAAGACUUUGGCCAGGAGCUUCUUUGAGAAGCUCACAUGGCUAACCAAUAAUGCAUUUCCAGAUACUGUUCCAGAUCAUUAUCAUGAACUCAUAAGAGUAUCUCGCCUGUGGCGGGACUUGAAGAACCAGAAAUGGUUUGGAUUUGGCCAUGAUAUGGAUUCAGGCCCUGGCCCAGGAGAUCUUGCUAUCUUCUGCCCUUCAUGUCCACAGCCAGGAAUAAACAUGCCUCUUUGUUGGGAAGAGAAGUAUGAAAGGCAAGUUGAUUAUUUGUGGCUUGUCAUGAAGAGAUUUGUGGUAGACAGAAACUUUACUGCUCAUCAUAUGAAUAUGAGACAGCCCGAACUAGACAUUUUCCUCUCAGAUGGUUUAGGUUAUAUAGUCACAGAGAGAGAAUAUCAAGCUCAUUUGGCCUCAGCUACAGAGAGUAAAGAGAGGUCUGCUUGUAGUAACCAUCAAGCACAUGCUGCCAAUGGAAUUGACAACUCCCUGGUAAUUUAUGAUGUGGGCUGCCAGUGGAAUCUCCACUUUGCAGAACACAUUAACAAUUGCUCUGGCUUGAGCCUCCCUGACAACACUGAGAUUGUUGCUGCAGUGGGAAAAUUUCAUCUCAGCGCUCAUAAGCUCCUAUGUUUUGCCAGAUAUAGCCUGAAUUUCAUUGUAGGAGCUGGGCAAGUUGAUGGGGAAAUUCUAGAGACCCUCUGGGCUCCCUUUAACAAGAUUUCUCCAACAGCACGUUCUAUGAGCCAAGCCCACCAUCAAGAAAUUCUAGAUGAUCAUAUGCAGAACUCAAAUUGGAAAAAACUUGUUGGGAUUUGUGAGUGGGUAUAUUUGGAAUAA